AUGUUGGUAAAAUUCGCUAAAAGUCCACCAGGUACAGUUGAUGUAGAGGAUUUGCUGUUUAAUGCAACCGUUAAAGCUUACUUAGAACAUUACAAUCAGGAAUUUGACAAAUGCUUGAACGGGGAAUCUGGUAAGACGCCGCAGUUUUGGGCACCGUACAGGAUGAUGGUUGACCGCCAACAAAAGCUCCAUUAUGCUAUUAACAAGAAUGAUUACAAUGUUCACUUACUAAUGUGGCGAAAAUCGUUACCUUUGUGUUUCGCAACAAAUCGAGUUCAUUAUUCUCG